AUGCACGCGUUACUCCGACAGACGCCCAAAAGAGCAUUGGCUACUCUUUCCAACGCUCAUGUGAAUCAGCCAUUUGCAGUAUUUGAUCGACAAGCAAAGCGCGUUCAACGAGACAGAGCAGCCGUCAAAAAGGAUGGAGAGACGAGCCGUACAGUUGAUUAUUUGCGGAACGAAGUGGCAGAAAGGAUGAUAGAAAGGCUUCUAGAUGUCAAGCGCACCUACACUUCGAUACUCGAUCUUGGAUCAGGACCUGGCCAUUUCUCGCGUCUCAUCGAAUCACACUUGACCAAAAAGAUAGUCAUGAUGGAGAUGAGCGACAAGUUGCUGAAGCGGGAUCCGGAUUCGGAAUUCGAAGUUCCCGUUGAGCGAAUUCAUGCGGACGAGGAGAAUCUACUUCAAGUCAUCGAACCUAAUUCACAAGAAGCAAUUGUAUCUUGUCUGAGUCUGCAUUGGAUCAACGAUCUGCCUGGCCUCUUGGUGCAAAUUCGCGAGGCUCUCAAACCAGAUGGCUUGUUCUUGGCUGCGCUUCUGGGAGGAGACAGCCUUUUCGAACUCAGGACUGCAUUACAAGUCGCAGAGCUUGAGCGGGAAGGAGGUAUCUCUCCACAUAUCUCCCCUAUGACCGAUACCCGAGACAUAACGAAUCUCCUUGGUCGAGCCGGCUUCACCCUUCUCACUGUUGACAUUGAAGACGUCACCGUAUCGUACCCUAGUAUGUUUGAACUAAUAGAGGACCUCGGUGAUAUGGGUGAAAACAACGCAGUGAUUGGAAGGGAUACCUUGAUGGCAGCUGCGGCUGCAUAUCAGUCCCUUCACGGAAACGAGGAUCAGACGAUCCCUGCAACCUUUCAAGUUAUCUUUUUGAUUGGUUGGAAGCCUCAACCCAAGCAGACUUAG